AUGGGUGGAAGUCCUCCCCUUAGCGCCGAGCCGGCCCCGUCCCUGUUCCUCGAGCUAUUCCGAGAAGCCGUCGAAGUUCCGGGUCCGGAGACAGAGGCUAUAGGAGCCGCGUGCCGGGAGGCCGACGUGAUGGCCGUUGUGGGGAUCAACGAACGCCGCCCCAACACCACGGGCACCUUGUACAAUACCCAGCUCUUCUUCGGCCGGGACGGCGCCCUGCUGCACAAGCACCAGAAAUACGUACCCACCGUCGGCGAGCGCAUCGUCCACGCACCCGGGCAGACGGGCAGCAAAGCCUCGGUCGUGGCCGACUUUGGCACCCUGAGCGGCCUGAUUUGCGGCGAGAACGGCAACCCUCGCGCAGGCGCCGUCUCGACGUACUCGCGGAGCUUGGCCAGCGCCCUCAUGUGCUUCGUGAUCAACUCGGUGGCCGUGGUCGGCCAGGACGUCAUUGAAAAAUACGGCGCGGAUCGCGCCAUCGUGGACUUUCUCCAGGCGGAGAAGAAAAACGCAGGGCAACCAUUGUGGGCCCCGGGGGUUGUCCUGGCUGGCCCGUUGGAAGAGGAAGAAGGUAUCGUGUACGCAGAGGUGGAUACGGAGGGACUCGUCAAGCUCAAGUACGGCCUCGAUUACGCCGGGCACUACAAUCGGCCGGAGAUUUUUGCGCACCACUUUGAGCGUUUUCUGAAAUAG